AUGGCAUACACACUCAAGAGACUCGCGACGGCCCGACAGCUCUUUCCAAAUCAUAGCCGAGAAGGGCUUGAAUUUGAGGGUUGCUACCACCUGAGGAGCCGGACCAAGAAUACAAAAACAGUGGGGUCCUCUUGGAUCGACAACGAUCCCGAUGAUGAUUACAGCCCUGAUCAAACGCCACGUUCAAAGCGCCGAAUGCAGUCUGACCGAGGAGAUCGAUCACGCCCUCGACCAACCAAACGGGCCAGGAGUCAUUCGCCCCGGCCGGCAAGUCAACCGGAGUCAAAUACUGAAGACAAUGUGACGCAUGCAUGGGCCCCGGCCACUCCUGAAGACAGAAGCCUGUCAAAGUGGGAAAUUUUCUGGCAGCCUCAGACCGAGAGGGAUCCCAAGCAAGCCUACUUUCUACGAGCACGCAAGGAGACCAUGGAUUCUCCCCGCAAGGUGGGGAUUGACCAAAUCAAGGAACCGAAUCCGCAAGAGAAGGGCCAUUCGCUUAUUUCAAACGGAUGUGAGGCUUGCCAAGAGCUGCAUCUGGAAUGCUCGCUGAUCGCGGAUCCGCUUGACUACCCCUGCGACAACUGCAGGGCCGACAGGUGUGACUGCGUUCCUGACCCAGCACCCACGUGGAAACGGCAAUGUGAGGAGUGCAAAAGGCGACGUCGCCCACGAUGCUCGUUUCUUUCAGGUGACUACGACCACAAUCAGCCAUGUCAGGAAUGUCAACAACAUGGUUUUCAAUGUAUCGCGGGUCCGGCCAAGUAUUUGCCAUUUGGUGGACGCUCUCAGGCCAUGGACACUGAGAUGCCUAAUGAUCAGGACUCCAUAAUUGCGAAGGAAGAAUGUAAGGUCUCGCAACCGAAUGCAAGCAACAAGUUCGAGGGUUCUGAGCUGGAGGGAAUCACCCCGGCUCCACUGGCGGAGGCCAGUUCUUCCACCAUGCAAGGCAUCCAAUCCGCACAAGCGCAAGAAAAGCACGAUCUCGACACAUUUCCUGAAUUAGCUGUACCUCCAUCGACUGUUUUGACCUUUGGCUUUCUAUCUGGGAACCCUUAUGGUACAUCGUAUCGAAUCUGGACAGACUUUCCGCACCCUCUGAACCUCAUCGACAAGGCCCCAGAUGAUGGGUCCUUGUGUUGCCACUGGUGCAAUAACUUUGCAUACGGGAUUGUAGGACUCGGAAACCGAAAUACAGAGGUCCUGGACUUUGGUGGUGGUCGCCUGAUCGAGGUCGUGGAUGGGCACCAGGGAGAAGGAAAAGAGCCCAGUCGCAUGUGUGGACACUGUGUCUCCGAAAGACUGCAGAUCAUGCAAUGUCCUCAUGAUGACAUUGCUCCUAUUCCAAACCUCGUGAACCCCCAGGGCCAAUUCAAUGUCACUGCAGCAUUUGAGAGCUUGGCCUGGGCUUGUGCGGCUCUGCAGGAGCCGACAUCUCCGUGCUAUGGCCAGCCACUCCCACAAGCUGAUCACCCAUGGUGCAGUCUUUGCAGGGAGCCUGCAUUUUGGUCCUGCGAGACUGACCAGGCAACCCAAGUGGGCUGCCAUAAAGUCGGCCAGUCUGUGAAUCCGGCUGGCAUUGGAUGCGGUAUAGUCCUUUGCGACUACUGUGCUCACUAUGUGAAGCUAUUCCAUGGAGACCUUGACCAGGCUGUCGAAUGGGGCAAAGGAGACCCCGAGAAUGGCACUGAGUUCCGAGCCGAUGUGAACUACAUCCUGAAGGGCUCAGAGGGGAACUACCUGCGGCAACAGAUCUAUCGACCAACUUAG